UAUAGUCGUCGUCGUCGGUGGAGGUUGAUCAAAUUUUUCUUCAUCAGAAGAAAAAAAUUAUUCGCGAAGAAAAAAAAAUCACUUUUUCAUAAAUUAUUUAACUUAUAUUCAUUAAGUGAACUAAAAACUAUAAAAUGAUUAAGUUUUUCUGUACAAAUUCAACUUGAAAAGUCUCAAAAACAACGAAAGAAAAUAAAAGAAAAAAAAAACUCGUUCGUCUGCUGCAUUCCAUGCAAAAAAAAAAAAUUAAUUUUAUACCAAAAUAAAACAGAGAAGAAGAGAGUAUUGCACUCUCAAACUUGCGAUUUGCGGUACUUUACCUUCUGACUGAUAUCUGAUUAAUUAGAAACAAAAAAUAUAUAACUUCUAGUGCAAAGUACAAUACCGAUAAAAUUUUUAUUUAAAAAAAAAAGAAAUACAAAUUCUAACCAGAAAUUCGAUUGGAAAAUACAAAAAAAAAAAAAACAAAAGUAUACUACACGAAAAAGGAAGGAAGAAAAAAAACCUGUGUGGUGAAUAAGAAAAACCAUCUACCACAGUUAAGGGGCGUUUAACUCGUUUUUUGACAGCUCAUAUUUUCGGUGUUUGUUUUUUUUUUCUCUUACUUUUUUUGUUGUUUUCUUGAAUACACAUAUUUUCUCUGAAAAUAGUAUGAGUGUGGUGUGUUUGUGAAUGGCUGCUGCUGUUAUUUGUUGUUGUUUGUGGUGGCCUACUGCUUCAGCUUCAACUUCUUGUUCUUUGCCUAAGAAGAAGAAAAACUAAUUUCUUUCCAUGAAAAACGCAAACGGGAUGUCUCGAAUUCGCAUUCACCGCAAAUAAUAUGGUCGAAUUUUCUUCUUUUUCAACACCACCCAAAAACGAAAACAAAAUUACUUGAUCUUGUUUAUUAAAUUUUCCUACAAAGUUUGGAAAAUUCAAUCAAAGAGAAAAAUAAAUAAAAUAUACAAUAAAUUGUAUUCAAAAAGAGAUCUGUUUGAUUUCUAUCUAUUUUGAAUUUGGUGCAUUUUCUGGGAGUGCUCUAAAAGAGUUUUUUUGGUGUGUAACCCUAAACCGGCCGUGGCAACUAUCGAUUUAGUGCAAAUUUUCAUUUUUACUUCUUUCUUCUUUUUUUGUUGUUGUUGUAGUUUUAUAAUUCGGGUGUGAAUUUAAAAGUGCUAGACGAAAGGACGACAAGAUACAACAACAAUAAAUUAGAAUUAAUACCUUUGGUCCAAUCUGUGGGUGUAUUAUCUGUCUGCCGCCCACUUUUCGUGAAAAAAGUUUAAAUUUUUUCAAAUAGCAAAAAAAAAUGUUCAACUUUAUGAAAAAAGGAACCGGCGAAAAGGACCGGGAAAAAUCGGACCGAGAAGAGAAGGAGCGCAGGAAAAAGGAGAAAAAACUGCGAAAGGAAGCAAAAGGAGUUUCGGGCAGUAUGAGUACAGAGGAGCUAUUGCGGUUAGAUGAGGUCAGAAAAACACUCAAGAUUCGUGGUCGCCACAAAGAUAGAGUAGAGAAACGAUCUGGCCUCACAGCCGCCGAUAUUACUGCAGACUUCUUUGCACACCUGGAAGUCGAUCGAUCUGUGUCUUCGUUAGGAGUUCUAACUGCUGGUGGCAGUGGUGGUGGUAGUGAUGGUGGUAAUAUCGAAUUGGAUCGUGGUAAUGAGGAAAUUGUUGCUUCUCCAAUAACAAUUAUCGAUCGGCCGCCACUAUCGUCGUCGACAAAUAAUGGUGGCGGUCCAAGUAGAUCCACAACAUCAUCGUUUAUAAGUCAAAGUCAGUCGCCUGAUGGUUCGGAAACAUCAUCAGCAAUACAUUCCACUAUGAAUAGCAUUAAGAAUCGUUUUCUACCUCCAGUUCCGCCAAAACCACCAAAACGUGGCAUUCUCAAAGGAUCCCGUGGCAGCAUUCAAGAAGAAUUCCCACAAAAUCCCUCGCCAGACUCACGACAACUCCUCAUGCGAAAUACUAUACAAAAUGAAUCCAUUGCAUUCGAUUCAAUGGAUCAUCAACAUCGCUCUGGCAAUCCUGCCUACACUUCAGCCGAAUCACUACGCAGCGAUAUCGGCCCGAGUACAGCUCUAGGUCCAUCAAACUAUUAUUCCCAUCACAACACUGCCGGAGGUGGCGGCUAUAGCAUGUCGUCACCACGUUUGGGCACACAAUCCCCAUUGAGUAAUCUGCAUGUGAUGACAUCGCCAUCACCAAGUGCCGAGAGUCUCACUGAUACAACAAAUUCUUCAUUUGCCACACCUCCGUUCUCGCUGAGUCCAAUUGGUGAAUCGCAAGGCACCGAACGAUGGUCCCGCGUGCAUACAUUCGAAGACAUCGAUUUACCAUUGCCACCGAUUACACUAGUCAAACUACCGCCACCGCGGGAGUUUGUCAUCAAAAGACAGAAAUCGCCACGAAAUGAUUUCGGGUUUAGUUUGCGCAAGGCAAUGUGUCUGGAUCGGAGUGAAUGCCUGACGGCACCUGUAUUCAAGCCGGUAAUAUUUGCUGAACCGGGUGCUGGUGGUGGUGCUACAGGUUUGCUGCCAGGCGACAGGUUGCUCAAAGUAAAUGGCACUACUGUAAGUGAAUUGACACGAGAAACAAUUAUCGAGAUGAUUAGGAAUAGUGGGGAUCAAGUAACUGUUGAGGUGCAACCAGUUUCAGAAUUGGUUGAGUUAAGUCGUCGAUGUAUGAUUAGUCCAACCGAACCCGAUGAAGUUGAUCGUAAAGUUGUUAAAGUCGAUUGCAAUACAUUGAAGAGAAGUGCUUCCAAACGUUUUAAACAACAGUCCCAAUUUAAUGAUGAUUCCCACUCAGUUGCUGCUGGUGAACAAGUAUGGUUGGUGCAUCGUGGUGGCUUCUGCGCUGCCAUCAAAUUACCUCAACAAAAAGAUCCAUCCAUCGAUCAUCAUCACAAAAUUAUCGUUCAACUUAUGCACAAUGGCGAAGAGCUAACCGUCGACGAAGAUGAUAUUGAAAAAUCAAAUCCAACCUCAUUGGAUUUGGUUGAGGACAUCUGUCAGCUAAAACAUCUCAACGAGGCGUCUGUUUUGCAUUGUUUACGUCAAAGAUACGCCAGUAAUUUAAUUCAUACUAAAGCUGGUCCCAUAUUAAUGGUAGUCAAUCCAAUGGCACCACUUUCUUUAUAUUCAGAAAAGGUAGUGUCCAUGUUCCGUGGAUGCAAAACAGAGGAUAUGCCUCCACAUGUUUAUUCUUUAGCACAAACCGCCUACAGGACAAUGCUAGAGACACGUCGCGAUCAAAGUUUGAUAUUCAUGGGAAGAUCUGGUUCUGGAAAAACAACAAGUUUCAAACAUGCUUUAUAUUAUUUGGCAUUAGCUGCUGGUUCUUGUAAUAAACUACUCACUGCCGAAAAAGUAAAUGCCAUUAAUACAAUUCUCGAAGCCUUUGGCAACACUAAAACUAGUCUCAACUCGAAUGCCACACGAUUCACUCAGAUAUUAAGUCUUGACUUUGAUCAAAGUGGACAGAUUGCAUCCGCAUCGGUUCAGGUUUUAUUACCAGAACGUCAAAGAGCAGGCAGGCGUUACAUGAACGAACAUAGUUUUCAUAUUAUGACCAGACUUUUAGCUGGAGCUGAAGGUCAAUUGCAAAAAGAACUUUACUUGGAAAAUAUUUCAUCAGAAGAUAAUCAUCCGUUUGUGUCGUUGUCACAAAAACUUGAAGAUCGUCAUCGUGCUGCAUCGGAAUUCACACGAACAGCAUCGGCUUUUGAUACUUUGAAUAUCGAUCCAAUAGCUGUUAAGGGGAUUUGGACGAUAUUGGCAUCGAUUUAUCAUUUGGGCAUUGCUGGAGUUACCAAACUUGGAUCAGGUCCUACAGCUCGAAUACAGUUUGCCAAUCCAUCGGCAGCCCGAAAAGCUUCGGCUCUUCUCGGAAUUUCCUUUGAGGAUCUCCAAGCCGCUGCAUUUGCUCUCAAUACCCAAGGUGGUUCUAGUCCAGCUAAGUCUCCAAAUGACAGCACUGACAUUGCUUGGGAGAGUUUGGAGGGUUUGGUGGUUGGUCUGUAUGCCGAGGCUAUGUCAGCUGUAUCGGCUUUGAUUAACAAAUCAAUUUGCACAUCAACUCACACAAUUGCAUCGAUUUUGUUAGUUGAUACACCAGGAUUUCAGAAUCCGGCCAGUUGUGGAGUUCAAACAGGAGCUUCACUGUCUGACUUGCGUCACAAUUACCUGCAGGAGCGACUGCAAUUACUCUUCCAUCAUAUGACUCUGGUUGCUCCAAGAGAUCGUUAUGCUCAAGAACUCGUUGAAAUAGAUACCGAAGGUCUACCAGAGUCUCAUCCUGGUCCAUUGGUAUCUCUCAUUGACAAAGCUCCCCAGAAUCAUGUUGUUCGAACAUCGCAGAGAGAUUUACGUGAGCAAGAUCGUCGGGGAUUACUUUGGUUACUUGACGAAGAGUCUAUGUAUCCUAAUUCAAAUGAUGACAGUUUCCUAGAGAGACUAUUCUCUCACUAUGGCGACCGGGAACAUCAACAUCUCAUUCGAAAAGCCAGUGGUAUGAAACAAUUCAUACUUCAACAUUUGCAAGGGACAAAUCCAGUUUUGUACAGUGCCCAUGGAUGGCUUAAGCAUAGUCGAGAGCAUCCAUCGAUUCGAAAUGCUGUUUCGUUACUUCAAGACAGUUCCAAAGAUGAAAUCAAUCGAUUGUAUGUUGGGUCAUUAACUCGAGGCAAUGGAAUGGUAUUCUGUGGCUCGAUAGUCGGUCUGGAAGGUACACAGUCGUUGAGAAGAGUUUCGAGUAUUCGACGAUCGUUCACAUCGGCAGGUGUAAAAAGGAAUUCGGUAAUGUUACAAAUGAAAUUCACUGUCGAUGGAGUCAUUGACACAUUGAGACGCACUGGAACACAUUUUGUCCAUUGCUAUUUGCUGCAACAUAAUGCUGGUUUGAAUUCUAAUUCAACGGCAAGUUCGCCUAUAAAUUCAUUACAGAAUUCCUCCGAAGAGAUGGUUAAUGUUCCUUUGUUAAGAAGUCAAAUUCGUGGCUCACAAUUAUUAGAAGCAGCACGUUUGCAUCGAUUGGGCUUCCCCGAAUCAGUUCCUUUAAAUGAAUUUGUACGUCGAUUUGGUUUACUUGGUGAUGUUUCAAUGUCAAAAGAUGUUACUGUGGAACAGAUAUUGAUGGCAAAUGAAAUUGACCCAUCUACAUAUAGAAUCGGGCCUAGUCAGGUGUUAUUCCGGUCGGGUGUGCUAAGUCAAUUGGAAGCAAAACGUGAUGAACUUUUAUCUGAUAGAAUUAUACAAUUGCAAGCAUAUUGUCGUGGUUAUUUAGCAAGGAAAAGAGUAUCGCAGCGCAGAGUACAAGAAAUAGCCGUCCGCUGUAUUCAACGAAAUGUCAAAGCAUUUUUAACUGUCCGCGACUGGCCAUGGUGGCGUCUAUUAAUUCGCGUACAGCCUCUCCUAAAUGUCCAUCGUACUGAAGAACAAUUAAAAUCUGCCAGCGAUGAGUUACACAUUUUACGAGCGAAAUUGGAAAAAAUCGAAAACGAUCGUAACGCACUUAAGACUGAAAACGAAAAGUUGGAAAAUAAGUUAUCCGAGAUGACAGUCGAUUUGGCAGAAGAACGAUCUGGCUCACAUAUGGCCAGUGAGCGACUUGAAGCUGAAACUGCUGAACGCUUAAAGUUAGAGAAGGAACUUCUCGAACAGCAGGGCAAAGUAAAGAAUCUCCAGGAGACAUCGGAAAAACUCGAAAUGGAGUUGAUUUGUGCUAAAUCCGAACUCAAUGGUAUCUCUGAGGAUGAUGAUCCUGAUAACGAAGAUAGUGGAGGUGUCUAUCGAUUGAAAUACGAGAGGGUUGCCAGGGAGUUGGAAUUCACAAAGAGGCGCCUACAAUCACAACAUGAACACGAUUUAGAGCAAUUAGUUGGAUUGAAGAAGCAAUUGGAAAAGAAGCUAUCUGAUGCCUAUGAAGAAGUCGAAGAACAACGUCAAGUUGUUGGUCAAUGGAAACGCAAAGCACAAAAAAUGACCAACGAAAUGAGUGAUUUGCGUAUGCUGUUGGAAGAACAAAAUGGUCGUAACAAUUUGCUAGAAAAGAAACAAAGAAAAUUCGAUUCAGAAUGUUUAGCCUUGCAGGACGCUGCAAGACUAGAAAGACAAUCAAAAGAUCGUCUAUCAAGAGAAAAGGAUGUGCUAAUAGCAGAGAAGUUCACACUGGAGCAAUCUUUAGCGGACACUCGUCUUGAGCUCGAUCUCAAGGAAGAGAAGUUAGCAUCGUUGCAGCGAGAAUUGGAAGAGAUGACAUUCGGUGGUGGCACCGAAGAGGAAAUAGCCCAAUUGAGACGCUCUAAAAUGGAAAUGGACCGUCGACUGAAGGAACAAGAAGAAGAACUAGAUGAAAUGGCUGGACAGGUGCAAUUGCUAGAACAAGCUAAACUACGUCUAGAGAUGACAUUGGAAACUAUGCGUAAAGAGGCCAGACGUGAAGCUCAACAAAGAGAUGAUGAAUUGGAAGAAGCUCGUGGAAGUGCUUAUAAGAAGAUUAAAGCUCUGGAAUGCCAAUUAGAAACUGAACACGAAGAACGAACUCUAUUGCUUCGUGAAAAACACGAAUUGGAACGUCGUUUGGCAUCGAUGGAAGACCAAGAUCGUGUCGAUCGUCAAACCGAAGAAGCAAUCACACAAAAACUCAAACGAGAUUUACGCAAAUACAAGGCUCUCCUCAAAGACGCCCAUGCUCAAUUGGAACGACUCAAAGCUGAUUCCCCAGGAAAAACACUCAUUCGUCAGUUGCGCAAUCAACUGGAAGAUGCCGAAUCAACUAGGAGUCUCGCAGUGAAAGCAAGGCAAACUGCCGAAGCAGAAUUGGCUGAAGUUCAAUCUAUGUUCGAAGAAUCACAACGAGCCCGCAACGAUGCCGAAGAUAGGGCAACAACAUCACAGCGUGAUCGCGCUGAACUUCAAGCACAAAUCGAAGAGAACGAGGAAGAAAUGGCCGAGCUGAUGAAGAAAUACAGCACCACCGUGAAGCAAUUGAAUACCGAACAAAUUGCAAUGUCUGAAUAUGAAUUCCGGAUAUCGGAAUUGGAAGCUGAACGAAAUUCACUCAAAGAUAGUGUGAGUGAGUUGCAACAGAGAUUGGAGAAUGUUGAGAAUAUGAGUGAUCCAUCAGCUGCUAUGCUGUCGAAACGCUUGGAAAUACGCACCAAAGAAUUAGAAUCCCGCCUCGAGUUAGAACAAGCAACUAGAUCACGUCUCGAGGUACAAAUAACCCGCCACAAAGAAGCCGUUGAGAAGAUUCAAAACGAAGUCACACAAUCCAAAAUGAGAGAACUCAAUGCUCAGGAUGCUUUCAAGAAAUCCCAAAAGAGUUUACGUGAAUUACGUGAAGAAUUCCAUGUUAUUUCAAAUCGAGAACAAGAAUCUAUAACACGAAGGAAAGAUCUAGAGAAGAAACUAGAAAAUGCCGAAUCAGAAGCAGUAUCGUUGCGUAAUGAUUUGCGAUUGGCAUUGCAAAGAAUUACAGAUUUGCAACAGGCAAUGGAAGAAGGAGACGAUGAUGUUAGUGAGAGUGAGGAAAGUGAUACAUCAGAUGGUUCGCUUAGUGAUUUAGAAGAACGUCUCAAACCAAUUCAAGUUAAACGAUCGCCAAUUGCAUUAACAAAGAAUAAAGAAACAACAAAUGGUGUGGGUGGCGGUGGCAGUGGCAGCAAUGGCAGUGGUAGUGAUACAACAUUAGUUAUAAGAGAAAAAAAGAGUGAGAACAGCCCAAGGAUCACAUUGACGUCACCAUCAACGACGACAUCAGUCAGCGGCAAUACAAAUAAUAGUAUUAGUAAUAGUUUAAACAAUGGUGAGUCUUCAUACGCAUAAAUAUAUAAAUGAAUACAAAAAAAAAACAACAACAAAAAUGCUUGUAAUAAAUAAACAAAUUUUUAUUAUUGGAAAAAACAAUAAA